GCCCCCGCCUCCCCAGUCCUCUGGAAGAGACAGGGAACGACUAGCCGCCAGGGUCCCGGGAGGCGGCUCUGUACCAGACGGACUCUACUGAGAGCCUAUGACAAUAGCCGAAGGUGCCGGGGGGGUGGCCGGCGACCAAUAAAGGAAGGGGAGGGGCGGGCCCUCGUUAGCUUCCCCCCCCUACCACGCUUCCUCGGGCGCGGGUCUACCCAGAGCCUACGGGCGCGCGAGAGUGGGGGAAGGGCCUGGCGCGGGCUGGAGACUGCGCAGUGCGGUGUCGGCCGGGGAGGGGGCGGUGACGUAAUCUCCGUCCGCGGCCGCGGCGCCCCGCCCCACGACGCCCUCCGCGAACCGCGAGAGCGCAGCGCAGGCGGUCCGCAGCAGCCGCAGCUCGGGGGCGGUGCCUGCCCUGCAGCCUCCCCUCGGCAAUCGCGCAGCCCCAUCUUUGUCCGGCCUCCGCGCUUUGUUCUCGGCGACCGUGUCUUGGCCGGCCUGGCCAGCCGCCGAGCAGCCCCCACGCCGCGCUGGCGUCGUCCUCGCCUCCCUCGCCGCCGCCCCCCGCGCGCGGCCGGGCCUUGCCCCCCAUGGUGUCCCGGCCAGAGCCCGAGGGCGAGGCCAUGGACGCCGAGCUGGCGGUAGCGCCGCCGGGCUGCUCGCACCUGAGCAGCUUCAAGGUGGACAACUGGAAGCAGAACCUGCGGGCCAUCUACCAGUGCUUCGUGUGGAGCGGCACGGCUGAGGCCCGCAAGCGCAAGGCCAAGUCCUGUAUCUGCCAUGUCUGUGGCGUCCACCUCAACAGGCUGCAUUCCUGCCUCUACUGUGUCUUCUUCGGCUGUUUCACAAAGAAGCAUAUUCACGAGCAUGCGAAGGCGAAACGGCACAACCUGGCCAUUGAUCUGAUGUACGGAGGCAUCUACUGUUUUCUGUGCCAGGACUACAUCUAUGACAAAGACAUGGAAAUAAUCGCCAAGGAAGAGCAGCGGAAAGCUUGGAAAAUGCAAGGCGUUGGAGAGAAGUUUUCAACUUGGGAACCAACCAAACGGGAGCUUGAACUGCUGAAGCACAACCCGAAAAGGAGAAAGAUCACCUCGAACUGCACCAUAGGUCUGCGCGGGCUGAUCAACCUUGGGAACACGUGCUUCAUGAACUGCAUCGUGCAGGCCCUGACCCACACGCCACUUCUGCGGGACUUCUUCCUGUCUGACAGGCACCGCUGUGAGAUGCAGAGCCCCAGCUCCUGUCUGGUCUGUGAGAUGUCCUCACUGUUUCAGGAGUUUUACUCUGGACACCGGUCCCCUCACAUCCCGUAUAAGUUGCUGCACCUGGUGUGGACCCACGCGAGGCACCUGGCAGGCUACGAGCAGCAGGACGCCCAUGAGUUCCUCAUCGCGGCCCUGGACGUGCUCCACCGACACUGCAAAGGUGAUGACAAUGGGAAGAAGGCCAACAACCCCAACCACUGCAACUGCAUCAUAGACCAGAUCUUCACAGGCGGGUUGCAAUCAGACGUCACCUGCCAAGUCUGCCAUGGAGUCUCCACCACCAUCGACCCCUUCUGGGACAUCAGCUUGGAUCUCCCCGGCUCUUCCACCCCAUUCUGGCCCCUGAGCCCAGGGAGCGAGGGCAACGUGGUAAACGGGGAAAGCCACGUGUCGGGAACCACCACGCUCACGGACUGCCUGCGACGAUUCACCAGACCAGAGCACUUGGGCAGCAGCGCCAAGAUCAAGUGCAGCGGUUGCCAUAGCUACCAGGAGUCCACAAAGCAGCUCACUAUGAAGAAACUGCCCAUCGUAGCCUGUUUUCAUCUCAAACGAUUUGAACACUCAGCCAAGCUGCGGCGGAAGAUCACCACGUAUGUGUCCUUCCCCCUGGAGCUGGACAUGACCCCUUUCAUGGCCUCCAGCAAAGAGAGCAGGAUGAAUGGACAGUACCAGCAGCCCACGGACAGUCUCAACAAUGACAACAAGUAUUCCCUGUUUGCUGUUGUUAACCAUCAAGGGACCUUGGAGAGUGGCCACUACACCAGCUUUAUCCGGCAGCACAAAGACCAGUGGUUCAAGUGUGACGAUGCCAUCAUCACCAAGGCCAGCAUCAAGGACGUCCUGGACAGCGAAGGGUACUUGCUGUUCUAUCACAAACAGUUCCUGGAAUACGAGUAGCCUUAUCUGCAGCUGGUGAGAAAAACAAAGGCAACGCAUUGGCAAGCCUCACAAAGUGAUCCUCCCUGCCCCCCCUCCCCCAAGCCUCCCGCCGCCUCCCCGGCCUGGUGACACCACCUCCCAUGCAGAUGUGGCCCCUCUGCACCUGGGACCCAUUGGGUCGGGAUGGACCACACGGACGGGGAGGCUCCCGGAGCUGCUUUGAAGAUGGAUGAGAUAAGGGGUGUGCUCUGGGUGGGAGGAGCAGCGUACACCCGUCACCAGAACAUCUCUUGUGUCCUCAUGAUAUGGGGGUGCAACGGGGGCCUCACAGCACAGAGUGACCGCUGCCUGGCGUUCCCCAGCACUCGGUGUGGGAAGGCCCCUACCUGCUGUAAGAUUAUGGGUCCAUUAAAGCAGUAAGCUGAAGACACAGAGGUGUAGUGUGCGGGACAGAGGGCCUUGCAGAUAGACGCCUUUCUGUUGGUGUUUUAGUGUUAAAAUACGGAGAGUAUGGAACUCUUCACCUCCAUUUUCUCAGCGGCUGUGAAGCAGCCUCCUAGCUUCGGAAGUAAGGACACUACGUUGCGUUUUCAAGCGUGUCUGUUCCGCAGGUAACUUAGCAUCAAGCUGCACGUGGAAGCAUCUCACGGUUUUCUAGAAACAGGCAUUUUCUUAUCCCUCUCCCGCUCCUUUUUCCACAAAGGUGAAUUUCAUAAAUGUAAUACUAGUAAAGUGAAUGAAUUACUGAGUUUAUACUGAAAUUUAGGUAACUUCUCCUUUAGUCUCGAGAGCGAGUCUUGCUUUGUAAUCGGUGCCGUUUAUGUUGCUGCCCGCCCUGUGUGCCUGGCUCCUCUGGGUGCCUUGGUGUCUGCUGGUGGCUGGCAGUGGGUGCAGUGGAGGAGAGUUGUGCUGCAGCUCAUACGGUGUCUCUGUCAUCUCAGUCGAGUAAAUGCAGCCUCUGCAGGUGUCUGAUGGGUUCUGUCCCUGGUAUUUUCUUUGCCUUCUGUCCCAUUGCCUGGCUACCGCUGCCUGGCAGCCGAGGGUGUUGGUCGCGAAGCUGGAGUGGCCUCUGGUGGAGCCUGCAUCUUGUCUCGUCUGCCUCUGCUUUACAUUUGGUGUACUUUCGGGCGUGGUGGCAGUAAAAUGACAUCGUGAUUGAGCUUGUCAGCAGAGCUGAAAGAGAAAGUAGAAGGAUGUGCAUUGUUCCUUGUAAGAUAUCUUGCAUGUAUCUGUGUAUUCAAAUUCAAACAGAGAUGGUUUGUCCAUUUGUCCACUGAGAAAUUAUAAACUAGGGACAAGGGGGAGGAAAAGUACUGAAAUACAGUUUAUGAAGCAAGUGUGUCUCGGGCUGUGCUUGUCCCAGGAGCCCCAGCUGCAUCUGAACUGAGGCUUCUUCAGUCCUGCAGGAACAGGAUCAUCUGUCUCAGCGGUGGGCAGAUGUUUUCAUAGACAGCCAGGGAGUAAACACUGUUGGCUCUGUGGGCUGUAUGGUCUCUGCCAUAAAUAGUACAGUGAUUUGGCUGUGUCUAGUACAACUUUUAGACACAGAAAUCUGAAUGACAUAAUAUGGUUCCAUUUCAAGAAACUUAGAUUUUUUAAAAAAAAAAACGUGAAACCUAUUCUUAGCUCACAGGCCAUGGAGAAGCUGGUGGGGACCAGACCCAGCUCCUUAGCUGGCUGGGCUGGGGAGGGGGCAGUGACAGUGGCAGCUGCUACUCACUGCUCAGUGUAGAAAACACAGGACUUGGCAAUCACAGCCCGCAGAACCAUCAUGUGUGGCAGAAGCCUGAGGGAUGCGGUUUCUUGCCCACGUGCUCUGUUCAUUUUCUGUUGUUUUUCUGCAUUUAAAGAAUUCACAUGGAAGCAUGUUUUAUAAAAUGAAUUCUCAGACAAACAGAGAUGGGCCGAGAUUUUCAGAAAUGGCCCCAUGUGACCAAGUUCUGCUGUUUGGGUGACAGUGCUUUGAAGAUCUCCUUUGAGGAUGAGCAGUCUUUUUUUUUUUUUUUGAGAUGGAGUUUCGCUCUUGUUGCCCAGGCUGGAGUGAGUGGCACAGUCUCGGCUCACUGCAACCUCCACCUCCUGGGUUCAAGCAGUUCUCGUGCCGCAGCCUCCCAAGUAGCUGGGACUACAGGCAUGUGCCACCAUGCCAGGCUAAUUUUUGUAUUUUUAGUAGAGAUGUGGUUUCACCAUGUCUCAAACUCCUGACCUCAGGCAAUCCACCCACCUCAGCGUCCCAAAGUGCUGGGAUUAUAGGCGUGAGCCACCGCGCCUGGCCUAUGAGUGGUCUUUUAAUCAGGAACAAAUCUAAUGGAGAGGAGAGUUGACUGAAGUUGGCCCACAGGAUUGUGAGCUGGGCAGUGCCUUCAUGAAGGCUUGCCACCUUGGGACGCCCCGGUUUACUGGGGUGUCUUGCGGAGUGCAGAAGGCUUUCUGGCAGCUGCCUGGGUUUGGCCAGACCCUGCCUCCCCUCCCGCCGGCCAACCCCUAGUCCCCUUCCUAUCUCCAUUUGCAUUCAGGGGUGGCUGCUGUUCUGAGAACAUUAGAACUGGGAAGAGCGAUGGAGUCACAUGGAUUUUUGGUGGGCAUUAUUCUAAAUUUUUGUAUCCAAGUUAGUCCCCCUUAUUCCACUGUGGCAUUGCCGUUCUAAGCAGUUACCCGAUGCCUGCCGCUGAAGCGCUGCUCACAGGAGGCGGCGGCGGCCCUGGCACUGCCCCUUGCAUUAGGUCUUGUGUUUGAUGUGUUCUUGUGAAUUUACUUUGUCAGAACAAAAUAUUUACGCGUUGGGUUCAGGAAUUUCUCUUUUUAGCUCCCCAUCUGGCUGUGAAAUUCAGGAAACCUCCCGUUGCCUAGUAAUCACCCCAUGUAGGUGUACAUUGUGACAAAGUGCAUCUGACCACUAAGGGGCCCCCUCGGUGACCCCAACACAUUCACAGCAGUGUUAAAAUGGCCUGCGUUUUGGAGAUGCUGGCUGGCCUUUCAGUGCCUCCCAGGAAGACACAUGGCCUUUCCCUCUUCAGAUGCCUGAAGGGAGUGCUUUGAGGCAGGUGAUGUGCUGGGAGUGUGGGCAGCCUCCCUCCGGCCCCGGGGCCCUCUGUGGACCUUGGCUCCCUCCCUGGACCUGGGCUUCCUGGUGAGCACUGCAGCCUCCCUGGGCGUUCCCGCCAGCGCCAGCACAACUGCAACAUAUAGACCUGAGUGCUAUUGUAUUUUGGCUUGGUGUGUAUGCUCUUCAUUGUGUAAAAUUGCUGUUCUUUUGACAAUUUAAGUGAUUGUUUUGUUUACUGUAAGUUUGAAAAUAAAAAUUAAGAAAAAAAUUCCAAUGACUGUGCUGUGGUUGGAGACUUUAUUUACCAAGAUGUUUACUCUUCCUUUCCCCUCCCAUUUUGAGGAGCUGUGUCACUCCUCCUCCCCCUCAGUGCUUUGUAGUCUCUCGUAUGUCAUAAUAAAGCUACAUUUUCUCUGA